GAGAGUUGUAGCACGGAGCCCCGCCCUGCCUGCCGCCCGCCAGACUCUGGCGGCCAGAGCCGUGAAGGAAGAGCAGCAGCAGCAGCAGCAGCUCCACUCUUGCCUCGUUCGGGUUGAGUUUCCGUGUGCCGUCGAAUGAAAACAAUCGCCGACGUCCGACCGUCGUGCAUCCCGAGACGUUCCAGUUGCGCGUCCCGUUAGUCGCGUCCUUCGGUUCGGCUCUACGCUGUCGCGAUAACGCGCAGCGAUAAUCGUCAAUCGUCGUCGUCAUCGUCGUCAUUGCGGUGUAUCCGUCGUCGCGAGACGGUUAACCUUAAAGAGAGCGACGGGUGCAGUGGUAGUGUUUCCUCCACGAGAAAGUAUCCAAGGCGAAGAGGUGUGACGAGGAAAGUGCGUAGUCAUCGAUGUGAGAGCCGAGGACGACGAGGAGAGCAGAGGGAACGAGUGCGAAAGGGGAAAGAGAGAGAGAGAGAGAGAGAGAAAGAGAAAGAACGUGCGAGAGCGAGAGAGAAAGAGGGAUAACGGACAGACCGAAGCGUCGCAAGCCGAGAAUUUCGACGAUCGCAGCUCCGUCAGGGAGCUCCAGGGGUGGCAACGGUCUCGUUGGGAAGUGUCGAAACUGGCUCGAGGGGCGGAGAAGUCAGCUGUGGUCUGGCUCUGGUUCCGGUGGUAGCGGCGGAAGCGGAAGCCGCUACAGUAGAAAAGGCAGGGGACGAGGAGGUGGGGCUGGGUGAAGCUGGUGGUAGCCUCGACUUCGUUGGGAGGAGGCACAAAUUUUAUUCUUAUCCCCAUUUUCAUUUGUCUCCUUUUCUUUUACUAUUUACCCCACCUCACGGGGGUGAUACGUUCGGGGGCGUUCGCCGCCAGCUACCGGAAGCGCUAUCGACGACGUGACACCAGCCCCGCGAUCAGCUUUCCUCCCACAGAAGGUAGACGUCGAAGACAGGAACCACCGCCGUUCGUUAUCAUCGUAGAAAUUGCGUUCUGAAUCCCUCCCGACGAGAGGAGGGAGCCCCGUCAGCCCCUCUCAUACUUACGACGUCCUAGUAUCUCGGCCCCGUUAACGGGUGCUUAUAAGCCACGCGCGUCAUCUGCCAGACAUCAUGAACGAGCUCGAUAGCCUUCGUCAAGAAGCGGAGACGCUGAAAAAUGCCAUUCGGGAUGCCAGGAAAGCGGCAUGCGACACGACCUUGGCCCAGGCUACAUCGGGCAUGGAACCUAUUGGUCGCAUACAAAUGCGAACGAGACGUACGCUUCGCGGUCACUUAGCUAAAAUUUAUGCGAUGCACUGGGGAAGUGACUCGAGGAACCUAGUCUCCGCAUCGCAAGAUGGCAAACUAAUUGUUUGGGAUAGUUACACUACCAAUAAGGUUCACGCGAUCCCAUUACGGUCAUCAUGGGUAAUGACUUGUGCGUACGCACCCUCGGGUAGUUAUGUAGCGUGCGGUGGGCUGGACAAUAUCUGUUCCAUCUAUAGUCUUAAAACUAGGGAAGGGAAUGUGCGAGUGAGCAGAGAACUUCCGGGUCACACUGGAUACUUGUCCUGCUGUCGAUUCUACGAUGACAACCAAAUCGUCACCAGUUCCGGCGACAUGUCUUGUGCUUUAUGGGAUAUCGAAACCGGUCAGCAGUGUACCUCGUUCAUCGGGCAUACCGGUGAUGUGAUGUCUCUAUCGUUGGCGCCGGAUACACGCACCUUCGUGUCCGGUGCGUGCGACGCCAGUGCAAAAUUAUGGGACAUCCGCGAAGGCUCUUGUAAGCAGACCUUCCCGGGUCACGAAAGUGACAUAAACGCCGUCACGUUCUUCCCGAAUGGAUACGCUUUCGCGACGGGAUCGGAUGAUGCGACCUGCAGACUUUUCGACAUUAGGGCAGACCAGGAACUCGCGAUGUACAGUCACGACAAUAUCAUUUGCGGAAUUACCAGUGUAGCUUUCAGCAAGAGCGGUAGAUUAUUGCUGGCGGGUUACGAUGAUUUCAACUGCAACGUUUGGGAUUCUAUGAAGACAGAGCGAGCUGGAAUUCUCGCUGGGCAUGACAAUCGCGUGUCUUGCCUCGGUGUCACGGAAGAUGGCAUGGCGGUGGCGACGGGCUCAUGGGAUUCGUUCUUACGCAUUUGGAACUAACUUGGGGCUCUUCCCAGGACGUUCAUUCAAAGAACCAAUUACAGUCAACGUACAGCAUACAGCAUCAGAAUCAAGUACCAUCAUCUGACCACUGAGCAAGUGGGCGUGCCAGCAGCCACGACGCUGGCGAACAAUCCGCCAAGUUCACCGGAGUUGACGCUGAUCAGAAACUUUGGAUGUCGGAUUAGCAGCAGUAGCAACAGCAGCAACGGCAGUAGCAACAGCAGCAACAAUAACAAUUACGAUCGUAUGAAGAACCACGAUAACAACGGCGGCGAUUUUAAAAACGUUUUGGGUUGUGAUGGUAAAAAAGAUUCCCGCGGCAAGCGCAUCGUAGUCGAUUUGACCUGGCGACGCAGUAAAGUUGGCGACAAGGACCACGAAUAUCAACGCUUCUAGAAGAAUUGGCUCGAAUUGGUUGAAUAUGAAGAUACAUCGUGGCGAAGAAUAAGACAUAAGAAUAGAGAACGCAAACGCCACUGACAAGGCCGAAGUUGAGAAUUUUCUGCGACUUUCUUUUUAUCCCCCUUUUCUCAAGGACUUUUUUCGCGAACCUUCGAGAGACACGUGCUGUUUCAUGGCUUAAUAAUUUUUUUCCCAUGGGAGUGCUCUCAGGCGAGAAUUUCCAAAUUUGAAGGACGGACGACAAUCUCACGCCGACGAUCGUCAAGAGAUUUCCAUCUCGAUUCAAGGUUCAAGCGUUCACUGCCGAGGAGAUGCUGUUAAUGGUUGCUCCGGCGGUUAGCUACAGAUUACUUUUCCAUGCGCGAAACGAGAUCGAGCAUGAUACGAUAGAUACAUAAUCGUAAUAUUGCGUCGUGACUCAGAAACGAGAGACAGCACAGCCAAGUUCGUAAUAGUCCCAUAAUGACAUGUUCAAAUUUAUGCGGUGCAUAUUGAACGCACACGUAUAUCGAUGGAGAUUCACGACGCGAAUUGCAUACACCUGCACGCGAAAACAGAAGGAUGAUGCGGAUCGUCCAAAAGCCUCGAAACACAUCCAAAUCGCACAUACUCGUCACGUGAGCUUUGCCCUCGUGCACGAGCACCGAGUGGUCGAGCGGAAAAAAAAAAUAUAUAUAUAUGAGAUGAAAUGAAAUGAAAUGAAAUGAAAUGAAAUGAGAUGAGAUGAUCACCUUUCUUACCAUGAUAAAAUAUGCCGAUUCGCACCACUACAACUAUUACUAUUAUUACUAUUACUAGCACCACGACCCUCUCCAUUGAUUUCGUAGAUGUAUCGUUAUUUAUUUUGUAUAGACCUCUGCCAUAGGCCGCCCUGCGUCUGCGUUUUUUUGCGAGUGCGAGAGCGAUUGUAUCAUAAAAGAGAACGAACGAGAGAGCUGCGAAUGAGCGUGAAAAUGCGAGCGAGAGGCGCGCGGCCCAUUGUCAAUCAAAAAAGAAAAAAAAACGAGACACGAGACGCGCGGAUACACGCUGAUGAACACUGAACACAGAGUUGCUCCUUCGAUAAAUAAUUCGGUUCAUCGAGACGUUGACGUCGCGGAAGAAUUAUGAAAAGACGAGGAGCGACGCAUCAGAAAGAUCGAGGGAGAGAGCAGACCGAGUUUUAUCUGCUUUUGCGUCGCAAACGCGUUACGAACGCGUGAAAUUACGGGCCAGCGUAAAGUGUCGAGUACGUUUAAUGUAAUGUGUAAUCGUUUAGUUCACAUAGUGUCUAUACCUUAGCCUUUUCUCCUCGCCCUCUGUCCAAUUAUUAUCUGAUUACGGCGAGAAGGAGAAGAAGAAUUAAUCCGAUUGUCAUCUGGGCGGUAUCUUUUCCCCAUUGUCGAUUCAAUGCCAAUCAAUCCUCGUGCACGAGGCGAGCACGUGCUCUCGAUUGAAAGAGUCGUGCUAAAAGUACCUUUGAAAUAGGACCCAAAGAAUCCCAGGUUAAUAGAAUGGGCCGUCAGACUAAACUCUCUCUCCCUCCUAUCAUUGUUAACUUUUCUUUAAUACCUUUUCUUCUCUUAUCGUAUUUUGUUUGUUACGGCCUCUUUUGGCAAAUAUGUAAGUACGCAUUUUUUUAAUAGGUCUUUUUUUUUAUAACUUAUGCUCCAUAUUCUUCUCUUUUACAUUAUCUCUUUCCUUUUCUUUCCUUCCUUCCAUUCUUACCUCUUCUGUCCUUUUUCUGUCUGAAAUAAAUGUUGAAACUGUGUAUGCAUUUAAAAUAAUAAUAUUAAUGAUAAUGAUUAUACUAUUAAUAUUAACGAUUAUCGUAAUUUAUAAUUAUUAAUAUUUAAUAUAUAAGUACAUAAGAUCGAUGGUUUUUCUUAAUAAACGCUGAUUCAUGGUCCAAUCG